AUGUGGAGGUGCCCACCGCGGCUGCUGCUGCUGCUGCUGCUGGCCGCCGAGGGGGCCCUGGGUGCCCGGCGGGGCCGCGGGCGCCGGGAGCUGGCCCCCGCGCUGCACCUGCGGGGCAUCCGGGACGCGGGCGGCCGGUACUGCCAGGAGCGGGACCUGUGCUGCCGCGGCCGCGACGACCAGUGCGCGCUGCCCUACCUGGGCGCCACCUGCUACUGCGACCUCUUCUGCAACCGCACUGUCUCCGACUGCUGCCCCGACUUCUGGGACUUCUGCCUGGGCGUGCCGCCCCCGUUCCCGCCCAGCCAAGGAUGCAUGCAUGAGGGUCGCGUCUAUCCGAUCUUAGGAACCCACUGGGACAACUGUAACCGCUGCACCUGCCAGCAGAAUGGGCAGUGGGAGUGUGACCAGGAGCCAUGCCUGGUGGACCAAGACAUGAUCAACGCCAUCAACCAGGGAAACUACGGGUGGCGGGCGGGGAACCACAGUGCCUUCUGGGGCAUGACCCUGGACGAGGGCAUCCGCUAUCGCCUGGGCACCAUCCGCCCAUCCCCCUCGGUCACCAGCAUGAAUGAGAUUCACACGGUGCUGGUCCCGGGGGAGGUCCUGCCCAGAGCCUUUGAGGCCUCUGAGAAGUGGCCCAACCUGAUCCACGAGCCCCUCGACCAGGGCAACUGUGCAGGCUCCUGGGCCUUCUCCACGGCAGCCGUGGCCUCCGAUCGCGUCUCAAUCCACUCUCUGGGGCACAUGGCCCCGGUCCUGUCGCCCCAGAACCUGCUGUCCUGCGACAAGCACAACCAGCGGGGCUGCCGCGGCGGGCACCUGGACGGCGCCUGGUGGUUCCUGCGGCGGCGAGGGGUGGUGUCCGACCUCUGCUACCCGUUCUCGGGCCGGGAGAUGACGGAGGCGGGCCCGGCGCCCCCCUGCAUGAUGCACAGCCGGGCCACGGGCCGGGGCAAGCGCCAGGCCACCGCCCGCUGCCCCAACCACCACGUCCACGCCAACGACAUCUACCAGGUCACGCCCGCCUACCGCCUGGGCUCCAGUGAGACGGAGAUCAUGAAGGAGCUGAUGGAGAACGGCCCUGUCCAAGCCCUCAUGGAGGUGCACGAGGACUUCUUCCUGUACCAGGGCGGCGUCUACCGCCACACGCCCGUGAGCCUCGGCAGGCCAGCGCGAUACCGCCGGCACGGAACCCAUUCGGUCAAGAUCACAGGGUGGGGAGAGGAGUCACUCCCUGAUGGAAGGACGCUCAAAUACUGGACCGCGGCCAACUCGUGGGGCCCCGCCUGGGGAGAGAGGGGCCACUUCCGCAUCGUGCGUGGAGCCAACGAGUGUGACAUCGAGAGCUUCGUGCUGGGCGUGUGGGGCCGUGUGGGCAUGGAGGACAUGGCUCACCACUGA